UCUCCUGAUAUGCACCGACAGAAUUUUCGACCCCCGACUCCUCCCUACCCCGGCGCGGGUGUAGGAGGUUGGGGUAGCGGGAGCAGCUUCCGGGGUACCCCGGGCGGAGGCGGACCGCGGCCGCCCUCCCCUCCGGACGCGUAUGGGAGGCCGCAUCACACGCCGCCGUACGGGCCCCGGUCUAGGCCCUACGGGAGCAGCCACUCUCCGCCACACGGCGGCAGCUUCCCGGGGGGCCGAUUCGGGUCUCCGUCCCCUGGCGGCUACCCUGGCUCCUACUCCAAGUCCCCCGCGGGGUCCCAGCAGCAUUUCGGCUACUCCCCAGGGAAGCAGCAGACCCACCCCCAGGGUUCUCCAAGGACAUCUACACCAUUUGGAUCAGGGCGUGGUAGAGAAAAAAGAAUGUCUAAUGAGCUGGAAAAUUAUUUCAAGCCUUCAAUGCUUGAAGACCCUUGGGCUGGCCUAGAACCAGUAUCUGUAGUGGAUAUUAACCAACAAUACAGCAAUACUCAAACAUUCACAGGCAAAAAAGGAAGAGACUUUUGUUAACAUUUCUGAAAUUCACCUGGAAGCUUCCUGUGUCAGGAACAUCUUGGACAAAACUUUUACCCAUGUAAUUAAGUUGAACCCUAAGAUGGUGACUUUGAAUAAUUAGUUGAGUCUUCUUGGUAUUUUUCAUCAUAUCAAGUAUUGUUGAUAUUAGAAAAGACAUACAGUAGAAUAACUUGCAAUAUUUAGCUCUUUGAAAGUGC